ACACUCCAGAGAGAGAGUCAUCGAAGGUGACCCCGGACGCCCACCUACCCCCGCUUUGAUUCUAACGCUGUUACUGCUGCUGCAAACAGCUGCACCUUUGAAUGUCGGCAUGUAGGGAAGGAACAGGAUUGGUGGCCAACGUGGGAGCCGUCUAGGGUUGGAUUCCCGCUGCUCUGUUUGCGGGGCGAAACGCUGCGCGGGCUGUGGAGGCAGAACCGUCUAGGGGCGGGCUGCCUUUGGCGAUCGGACUGCACUUCUUGAACUUCUGCCUGGAGAAGAGCCAGGAGUCCUGCAGCCCGGGGGUGGGGUGGGGAGCCCGCGCAGUCUCCUCCUCCCUCCUCCUCCUCCUCCCAGGGGACGGCCCUCCUCCGCGGGCUCUCGGUGGUGCCCAUUCGCGUCGCCCCAGCCCACCCGCCGGACGGCCGCUCUGAGUGCGCCAUGGCCGGCCCGGGGCGCCCGCAGCUCGCCUUGGCGCUCCUGCUGCUGCUGCUGCAGCUCCUGGUGCGCCCCGACGGCGGCCACGCGCAGCGAUCGCCCUCCUGGAGGCAGCAGAUCCGCUGGGAGAACAACGGGCGCCUCUACAGGCUCUUCAACAGCGCCAGCCAGUUCCUGCCCCCCAGGCGGGGCCCCGGCCAGAGCCUCUACCUGAGCACGGUAGGGGCCCCGGGGGGCCUAGGCCGAGCGCCCUCGCAGGGCCACUUCUGGACGCUGCAAAGGGUGGCCUCCACCAGGCGGGGCAUCGCCGCCCUCCAAGGCAGGAGGUCCUUGAGCGGGGAAGAUGGCUCAGGGGCAGGAGGCCCCCCACUGCAGGGCCCCCCUCCUGAGCGACGGACACCCCAGCGCCCGGAGGCCACCACCCAACUGCCGAGGAGUGCCAGCCAUGCCCGCUGGGAGGGGCUCACCACCAGCGGGGCCAGGGGGGACACCCCAGCUAAUGUCACCGCCAGGCCCAGGGAGAUGCCCCCCGGGCCGAACUCACUGGGCGCUGGGGCUUCCUUUGGGAGAGAGGAGGCACCCCCCACCCAGGGGAUCGGGGCCAGGGGAGGAAGCGGAGGCAGCAGCGGCCCCAGCGGGUCCAACCAAGGUGGCAACGAGAUCGAGGACACCCCUGUUGCACUUCGCCCAAGCCCUGGAGGGAGGGGUCCCCAGCAGACCUCAGGCGGCCCCGCGGGAGACGACCCCCGGAACCCCCACAAGACCCAGAACAGUGUCUUCUACAACAUCUACCCCAAUGCCAGACAAGGCUCUGGGGCCCCAGCCACCAACCAGAGGUCAGGCUAUGGGACCAGAUACUUCCAUCAUGGCCUGCCUGACUUAAUUCCUGAUCCGUACUUCAUCCAAACGUCCACGUACGUCCAGCGGGUCCAGAUGUAUGCCUUGAGAUGUGCAGCAGAGGAAAACUGUCUUGCAAGAUCCGCCUACCACUCAGGGGUGAGCGACAUCAGCUACCGGGUCCUGCUCCGCUUCCCCCAAAGGGUGAAGAACCAAGGGACAGCAGAUUUCCUCCCAUUGAAGCCUCACCAUGCCUGGGAGUGGCACAGCUGCCACCAGCACUACCACAGCAUGGAUGCUUUUAGCAACUAUGACCUUCUGGACGCCGUCUCCCACAAGAAGGUGGCUGAAGGACACAAGGCCAGCUUCUGCCUGGAGGAUACGACCUGUGACUCGGGUGUCCGCCGUCGCUAUGCCUGCACAGCUCACACCCAGGGUUUGGGGCCCGGCUGUUACGAUACGUACAACGCCAAUAUCGAUUGCCAGUGGAUCGACAUCACAGACGUCCCACCUGGAAAUUAUAUCCUUAAGGUGACAGUCAACCCAGACUCCUUGGUGCCUGAGCUGGACUUCACAAACAAUGUCGCAAGGUGCGAGGUCACGUAUACAGGGACAUAUGCUGUGGCACGGAACUGCAGGAUCACAAGCGCCUGAGGGUGACCCCCAGCAGGGGCCGCGAAGGACCUCCCCGCCCCCCCCCCCCGGGCACGGCUGCUUCAGGCUCUUAAGAGACAUGCUUACCCUCCAACCUCCACGGGAGACCUCUGUGACUUCGCCUUGCUUCAAACCUGUGCUCAGACAUCAUGCCAGAAGACUCCGUUCCCUUCUGUUGGUGCUGCCCUCACACCCCUCCACCCUUGAGGAAGCUGCAAAGAAAUACAUCCUGCCCUGGGCCCCCACCACCACCACCACCUCAAUCCCUUUCUCCCCCUGUAAGCUUUUAGAGAACCUGCAAAAGUGUUGCAGCUACCACUGGAGCUCCAGAAAAGAAAGAAGGGGGAGCUGUCUAAAUCCACCCUCUCCCGAAGACAGGCCUGGCCUACAGAUCAGUAGGUCCCUCGGCCAAGCAAUCGUGGGCCCCGGCAGCAUAGCCCCACCCUUGCCGGAGACAGACCUGCCUCUAGCUGACCAGGCGGGCUGUGGAUUAAUAGAGUCUAUUAAUGAGAGAUUCUUCCCUUUUCUGUGUCAUGAAUGCUGGUAUCAUUAAAGCGAUCAGGGGUUUCAGCAA